CUCCACCCAAACAAGCCUACUUCCACAUUUAUAUCUUUGUCUUAAUUUUCUCGAGCGAGCCAUAUCCGACAUCUUGUAAUUCGAAGUGAAUUAAGUCUCGAGAAUUUUAGCCAAGAAAAAAAUGAGUCAAGAACAACCAAGAAGGCCACAGGGUGAAGGGGACCCUAUUAAAUACGCCGACGUUUUUGGUGUCUCUGGCGAGCUAGGGGAGAAGGCUGUUAAGCCAGAAGAUGCAGCCAUGAUGCAGAGUGCUGAAACGGCUGUGCUUGGGCAAACGCAAAGGGGUGGUCCAGCAGCUGCCAUGCAAUCUGCAGCUAAUUAUAAUAUCAGUGCUGGUGCUGUUAAACCUGGUGACGUUACUGAUGUUGCCGCUCGAGAGGGUGUCACCGUCACUGGGACUGCCGUUCCUGGAGCUAAUAUAACCACUGAAUCAGUUGCCGGCCAGGUAGUUGGACAAUACAUCCAGCCAACAGGAGGGAUGGCUCAAGGCGGAGGAGGAGUAGAGGAACAACAAGGCAGUGGCGGAGGAGGAGGACAGCAACAGGGAGGUGGAGGGAUAACAGUAGGACAAGCUCUUGAAGCAACUGCACAAACAAUACCGGGCAAACCAAUAGAUCAGAGCGAUGCAGCAGCAAUACAAGCAGCUGAAAUAAGAGCAACAGGCAGCAAUGUUAUCACUCCUGGAGGGGUUGCAGCGGCUGCUCAGUCGGCUGCAGCCUAUAAUGAAUCUAUGAUGAGAGACGAGGACAAAGUUAAGCUUGGAGAUGUCUUAUCGGGUGCUACUACGGUGUUGCCAGCAGAUAGGCCAGCGACAAGGCAGGAUGCAGAAGGAGUGGUAGGCGCGGAGAUACGCAACAAACAAGACAUGUCCACUACUCCUGGUGGUGUUGCUGCUUCUGUGACUGUUGCUGCCAGGCUAAACGAAAGGAGUCAACAACAAUCUUAAUUUCUGUAACUAGAAUCGAUCGUAAGGAUAGUUUUGCUGCUUUAUCUCCCACUUUUAAGAGUAUAUUCCAUGUGUUGUGCUUUACUGACCACUUUUUGUUUUGUAUUGGUUGCCACUUGUAAGCAACCCGACACAUUGCUAGUUUAAUGUUUGCUUUAGCUUGUAUAAUAGUAGGAGUCAGUUAUAGUCAUGGAGAUGUUGUAUGUUAUCCCUUGUGUUUUUAAGGCCGCGCAGCAACUACUGUUUAGUGUC